AUGUAUUCUUUUGACACUUACAAUGCCACGCCCACAUCAACGAUACUUUCUGUUCCCGAGAACAAAUACUUUUAUCUUAACGGCCACUUCGACAUCACUGUUCUUUCUGGAAAUUGUUAUUUGAAUGGGGUGUUAUUAACAAAAGACACCCAUCACAUCGACCAAUCGAUGUACCAACCAGCGUUUUCUUUUGUCUGUAAAACACAAUGUGAUUUGCAAAUAGUCCCAUCGUUAACUAUUUCACAGGAGUUACAUGACCUUCCUACAAAGUACCUUUCGAGUGAAAUGCCGAGUCGCGACACCGAGUUGUCAAUGAAGGUGUUUCCUUUUGGGGGUGUUCGCAUCGUUCAAAAUUCAAAUGUGUUGCGGAUGUCCGUACCAAUCGAGUGGCGCAAGAUGUUCCGCAAAAUCCAGCAAACGUGUUCGGACGGUCCUUUCCGUGUGUGUGUCAUUGGUGCGAAGUCGAGUGGUAAAUCGACUUUUGUGAAUUUGUUAGUGAACAGUUUAGUGAGUCAUAAAGAGGUCUGUGUGAUGGAUUUUGACCCUGGACAACCGUACUGUGGCACUGUUGGAACUUUUUCGUUAGCAGUGUAUGAGAGACAAGGCUUUAAUGAGUCGUAUAUAGGAAACCCUACAAAGGCCAAAAGACAGUUCAUUUUAGGAAAUAGUAAUUUGGGUAUAAACAGUGAGUUAGCGAUGAUGUUAGUGCGUCAGAUCUGUGAAGUGUAUUUCAAAGAGUACAGUGAUCUUCCUUUGAUAGUGAAUACCGCGGGAUGGGUGAAUGGAUUUGGGUUAGAAUUAUUAGGGUUUGAAAUUGAAUGUAUUCAGGCGCAUUUAGUCGUGGAUGUGACUCCGGGGAAAGACACCAUUCGCAAUUGCAAAGUGCCGCUGUAUAACAAAAUCAAGUCUUGUGCAGAGCCACAAAAAUUCUUACCAAACGUUUUGACCCCGAAAACGCGCCGGUUAUUGUCGUGUGAGGCACAAAUGAUAUCAUCAAAGUGGUAUUCCAUACCUUUCAAAGAAAUUGCGUUAGCAACAAUUGAUGAUAUCCAGCCAAGAUUUGCUUUGUUUGCUGCUCAUUAUAGAUAUGUAUUCCUCUCAUAUGAUCAGUCCCUUGAAACCGACAUUUCUAAAAAUAGCACAGACUUCCCUCUAUGGUAUCUGUCGACCCCAAUGCACAAACUCUAUAUGUGA